UUUUAUGUUUAGCGUAAAUAGAUAUUCAAAACUGCCACAAUUAGUAACAGGAUUAUAGACCUUUUCGUUUAUGAUAAGUACAUGUACUGAGCAGCAAAUAACUGUAAAGUUUGAUCUGCAGAGCUAAUUCUUUCACAUGACAUAUCUUCACACUAUCAUAUUAAGCUAUAAAGUGAAUCAUCCUGUUUUUCAGUUUCCGGCUUGAAUUUCACUUUGUCAAAAACGCGAGUUAUAUUAGGAACUACAGGAAAACUGUUCAUGACAUGUGAUGUUACCGAAACAGAUGCUUCAUCAGUGUAUAAUGUCCAGAUUCGGCGAGAAGCAAGUACCGGGUGGGAGACCCUGGCAUAUAUCGAAGCAGGUGCGGAUGAAACGCCAGCUUUGAAUAGCGACAUUGUUAAUGACAAUGAUUUUGGUGUCGGUGGUAUUCUGGAUAAGGAUACUCCACUUAACACUCAUUUAUCUUUAGAAAUGAAUAUAGAGAAGAUGACUUAUGAUGAUGCUAGAGUAUACAGAUGUGAGAUGACGUAUAAAAGCAAAACUAAUGGAAGCACUGUCUCAGUUAAAAGAAAUACAAUGCUUUUAAUUAUUGAAGCUGAGAAUAAAACAGAAGUACGAGCAGAAGCCGAUAAUAAAACGGAAGAAAGGGCAGACACAUUGCAAUGUCAUUCAAAUGUUGAAUGUGUCAGCAAACCCACUUCUGUGAUUGUUGGCGUGAUUUUGGGAGUGGCAAUUAUUUUGGUCACAAUUUAUGCAAGUUAUAUAACAGUGGUAAUGAGGAGAAUAAGAGAUGGGAAUCAUCGUCAUUGUGGAAGAUGUGAAAUGCUUAACACUGCACCAGUAAAUGACACAAGCGAAAUUCAAAACAGUUCAGACGAGGUAUAGAUAACUCUCGUAAUGAAGGAGAAGAUACUUGGGACUUAUAUUCAAAUAAAUAUGGAUCAAAAAUGAUUGAUACAAAUUUCCGUAUUCUGACAGUUUCAAGGAAUUGAAUAAUAAACAGCGCUUAAAGUGUUCACAAUUUGCUUUAUUAAUACAUGCAGUUGUGAGCAUUUUAAAUGCCUUAAAAGCUGCAUCUGUUUUAUAAUAAUGUUUGCAUGUUUUCAUGUGGGUUAGUUUAAACUUGCAAACUGGCAUAAAACUGAAACAGAAUGAUAGAAGUACCUGUAUUCUUACAAGGAGAAGACACGUUUCUUCUAUGUGUUAACGUCUGCAGAAGUUGAAGGGAUUGUUGUCGAUCGGGUAUUCUUGCAUAAAGCAAUUCAUAAAGACUAAAUGAGUAUUGUAUUCAAAAAUGAUGACUUCAUGGUUCCAGGACAAUUUUCAUUUACGUUUCUGGUUGCUCUUGGAAACGGUCAACAGUUUUAAUUACCCAUAAGUGGGACACACAAUCAGCGACAAUACUAAAAGCAUUGUAUUAAAUGUUUUAAUCAA